AUGCCACCAACAACACAAGCAAUACCCCUCGCCGCGCUCCUCCCGCCAUCACCAACAGCGCCGAGCGAGCACCUCCGCCUACCUGCGGCCGUUCUCGGCCCAUUGCCAGCAAGCAGCGCGCUGCAUGCUGCCCUGGCCGGCGCCGGUGCUGGCGGGGCACUGCUCGUCACUGGCCCGAAAGCGGCCUUCCUCGGCGCGCUGGAGGACGAAGACGAGGGAUACCUGCGCGACACUUGCCCAUUGGGGCAGCUGGAGAAGGUGCAGACCCGGCAUGUCCCCUCCAGGCGGCACGCGGCGCUGCUGCUCUCGCUGUUAACGGGCACUGUGGCUGCUGCAGGGAAGGACGCGCCGCACGAAGUCACGCCGUCGCCGUCCCUCAUCGUCCUCUUCGACCUCGGCGCGCUCUUCCUCCUUCCACUAGACGACGAGCGCGAGAACGUACCUAUGGGGGAGGAGGGCGAGAAGCAGCAUGUCAAGGAGAGGGAAGACGCGCCAGACGCCAGCUCGGCGGGAUACCUUCAACUCGUCGCCGCCGCGCUCAGCGCCGCGCGACACCUCGGCGCUGGCUUGCUUGUGCUCGAGCCGAGUUUGGCGUCGUUGCCCGUCAGCGAGGGCGACGGGGCGGCGCGGCGCGUUGCGCUGUCUGACGGGCUCGAGUGGCUCUUUGGGCCGGGGAGCGUGGCUACCGUCUCUGACACCGGCGACGACACGUACGCCCUCCAUCUUGGUACUGAGACCGUCGGCUUGCGCUGCAGGCGGUGUGCGCGGGGCGAGUAUGCCCUUCCUCCUGGCGCGGGGGACGAGGGCGGGUGGCAGUGGGAGUGGGCAGCGUAG